UCUGUCAGCAGUGGCUCCAUCUUGUAACUGACCCCCUCUCUUUCUCCGAUCGAGUGGCUUUGGAAACAUGACUUCAAAAACGCUCCCUACGCAGGUCGUGGCUUCCCAGAAGUGAGCGAGCACAGUCCUGUCUGUUUUAAACAUUUAUCAGCUCAGCAACUGAGCAGGCGCUUUCUGUCUGCAAGCGGUAUUGGCAAAUCUCCCCACAAGGCUUGGGAAAGAACGGAAAUAUUUGGCCUCAAGGGGGAAAAAAAACCCACUCUGUCUGCAGACCACUGAUCCUUGCCAUGAGACUAAGGGUUGUAUUCGCGCUCUGGUUCAUGGUGUGUCUGAGCCUCGCUGUGACUCAGGAGCAGCAGGUGUCACUUGCCCGGGGAAAGGGGAGAAGGGCCGGGCAGAGAAGGGGCAAGAAGGCCAACUCCAGUCAGCCGGCCCAUCCGGGAGGUCUGCCAGUUCUCAAUGGGGAUGCGGGGACAGCAAUUUUCCUUGAGUCAUACAAAAGCGUCAAUGAACAGGAAUCCAACUACAACAUCAUUCCAGGGCGGAGGGGGCAGUGCCAGUACAUGGGCAUCACCAUGUUUGACAAAGCCGUUUGGUCGCCCAAGCCCUGCGUCACCUGCUUGUGCUCCGAGGGUACCGUGGUGUGUGAUGAGGUCACGUGCCCUAGCCUGCGCUGCCACCUCACCUACACACCCAUUGGAGAGUGCUGCCCAGUGUGUCCAGAGCCUGUGCUUGAUGUCCCUGAUUUCUCUGGCGAAUCCCCAGUGCCCAACAACCCCAGUGAGCCAGACCUGUGGUCACCGCAAACACCGGCAGAGAUCGAAGAGAUUCUAAGACAAGAAGAGGAAGAACACCGGGAGGAGGAAGAACGUCUUCGCAAGAAAGAUCAAGCCAAGAAGAAGCAGAAGAAGAAGAAGGAGAAAAAGGAUCGGGAGGCAGCUGAGAGGAAAGCUCAGAAGGAACAGAGGAAGGAAGAGGAGGACAGAUGGGAACGGGAGGAGGCAGAGGCCGCAGAGGAGAGGAGAAGACGACAGGAGGAACAGAGGAAGGAAGAGGAGGAAAGGAUGAGAAGGAUGGAGACGGAACAGAGGCUGAUGCUCGAGGCGUUAGAAGAGGCCGCUGAGAGAGAAGCUCAGAGAGCCUCAGAGAGGACGGCCGAUCAAGAGGAGGAGGAAGAUGAGGACAUUGUGUGGUUGAGGGGAGAUGUCUUUCAAAUGCCCCCAUUAGAGCCCACCGCAGUAGGGCUUCCACCCCUCCCACCACCCCUGGCUGAACCUGUAGAGCCCAGGGAUGGGGAGGAGAAUGAUUAUGCUGACAGCGAGGAGGUAGUGAUUCAGAGGGUGACACAAUCUCUUCCAAAAGGCUGCACCAUGUCUGAUGUCAUUAUUAACUGUGACAACGCAAAGCUCAGCAGCAUCCCACCCCUAUCUAUCCCUGAACUGAAGUCUCUGAGUCUAGAGGGUAAUGACAUCACUGCAAUCCCAAUGGGGGCCUUUAAUGGCAUUCCCAAUGUGGAAUGGAUCAACUUUGGCAGGAACAAGAUCACAUCCCAAAACAUUGACCCACAAGCAUUCAAGGGCCUGAAAUUACUGAGUCGUUUGUACAUGGAUGGAAAUCUCCUUGAACAAAUCCCCUCUCCUCUUCCUUCAACGCUACAAGAACUGAAGAUCAAUGAAAACAACCUUCGUGAAAUCAAUAAAAACAGUUUCGAGGAACUGAGCGGCCUGAUUACUCUGGAGCUGGAGGGGAAUAUGCUGAGUGAGGGGAAUGUGGAUCCCCCAGGCUUCACACCUCUGACAGGACUCUCCUACCUGCGUCUGGGCAGGAACCACUUCCGAACUAUCCCCCAAGGCCUGCCCCCUUCACUGCUGGAACUUCACCUGGAGAACAAUAUGAUUGAGGAAAUAUCUGAGGCAGCUUUCAAUCAGACCUCCAACCUGAAUGUAGUCGUACUGCGACACAAUAAGAUUGAUGAGUCUCGAAUUGCACCACUGGCCUGGAUAAACCACAAGACCCUGGAGUCAAUAGAUCUCUCCUACAACAAUUUGUACCUUGUCCCAUCCUUCCUGCCAAAGUCCCUCGUGCACUUAGUGCUGGUCGGGAACCAGAUCGAAAGGAUUCCAGGGUAUGUGUUCGCCCAUAUGGAGCAAGGCCUGGAGUACCUCUAUCUGUCCUACAACAAGCUGGACGCUGAGGGGAUUGAGCCAGAGUCUUUCGUUGGCUGCCUUCACUCCAUGACGGAGCUGUGUCUGGACCACAAUCAACUCACCGGCGUCCCCAUUGGAAUCAAUGAGAUGACGUCACUUCAUUUUCUUAGACUCAACAACAACAAAAUAAGGAAUAUAGCUGUGGACUCCCUCUGUGACCCAAUCAAUGAUGAAGACUCGCAACUUGUGGCAGUGCGCCUCGAAAACAACCUCCUUGACCCACGAAAGAUUCCACCCACUACAUUCUCCUGUGUCAGGUCCUACUCCAGUGUGGUUCUGAAGCCACAGAUGAAAUAACAAAAGCCUUUUUCACUUGGAAGAUUUUUUUUAGCACCAUCCAACAGAAUGAUUUCACUGUAUUAUGUCAAGCCCUUUCAUAUACCUUGAUACAGACUUGGGGAAAAAUACUGUACACCCACCUACCCACCCUGUAACCUUCAGAGACAUUUGUAACAUUGUACCUUAUGAUGGCUGACGACACUGUAUGAGCAUACUAGAUAUCCAACAGGAAAGUCAACAACGAUGAGGCAGCAUCACUUUCACUGUGUCAUCCGUCUGUUACAUACUGUGUGUCUUUCAGAUAGAAUAGAUCAUCAUCAUCAUCAUCAUCAUCAUCACAAAGCAGAUCAAACAAACGUCUUCUUUGCAAUGGGAGGAGAUGCAUGCAUCAGAUCAUUUUAGUUUUUAAUUUAUGUCUAUCAUUAAAUCAGAUACUGUACAAAAUCCAACAAAAUUGACU